CCUCGUUUGUUCCGAAUACACGCUUUCCCGGGAAUCUGAAAACUUUCUCGAUGUAAUCUAGCCCCCACGAUAGCUGCAUAACACAAAGAAAAGGUUAUGGCAACAGCCCCAAAGUCAAGAAGGAGAACAGUACAACCACAUGUGGCUGUUGAUGAUGAUAUCAGACUUCAGCUUUUUGGCUGGAAGGCUACCUACAACCAAAGAGCUGUUCUUGUAAGGGUGAUGUGCAAAGGGGGCAAAAGCAAAAUGGACAGUGGUAUCCAGUUUGUGAAAUUCAUUGACAGGGAAAUCAUUAAUCGGUGUGAAUAUCCUGACCGAAUGCGAGAAGAGUAUUCUGAAUUUAGUUAUAUGGGCUCAAAUGUGUCUUUGGAUAAUUUCUAUGAUCUUCUGAAGGAAUAUCAUGAAUUAAGAGAUUUCAAUCUCAGUGCUAUGUGGGAAGACAUAUUUACAAUUGUGGAGCAGCGUGGAUAUUAUUACACACCAGGAAGAGAUGGCGGGUGGAAGUCGAAAGAGUGGACAAGGGAAUUGCAAGAAAAAUACAACAUACUGUCAACAGAGCAAAAGAUUUUCCUGACAACAUUUGAAACAGCACUGAAGUGUGAUAUGAGGAAGGGGGAAGCUAAGACCUGGAUGACAAAAAUGGUCGAGCUGAUGAAAUCUGGCACAGACGAGGCACUCGGGGUAGUAUUAACUCUGGAACCAUCACUGCAUGACAACACUAAUACAGAGUUGGAAGUGAUUAAUGGUGACCAACACGAGGAUUUUCAGAAUUUGUUUCUGCCUUAUAAUCAGCCUCUUAAAUAUUCUUCAGCAACAUCAGAUUUAUUUGAGGAUUCCGAGGACUCCGAGGAAAACAUUUCGAAAAUUCACCGCUUCACUGUAGUGCCAGAUUUUUGUGUCCUGCUUCCUGACUAUCCUGGCGUAUUUCCAUUGGUCACUGAAAUGAAAUCGGCGAAUUGUGAACUUCAAGGGUUGACCCGAAAUAUAGGGCAGUUGCUGUCAAAAAUGCACUUCCAGGAUAUCGUUUUUGGGGUUGUCAUAACACCAACUGCAUACAUUUUGUCUGUAAUAAGGAAGAGUGACAAGACAAAUGAACUGCUGUUUCAAAGGGCAGUGGUAGAUUUGACAACUGUAGAUUCAGAUGGAAACUUAACACUUAAUCUCAACAACUUCAAAGAAUUGUGUACGUUUGUUUAUCGUGUCUUGAAGUGGAGUUUGCUAACAAAAUGCCAACUGUAGUAAAAUUACAGGAAAGUUUACAUAUUAAUCAUUUUGAUCUUUCCAUAUGUGGUUGUGUUAUACAUCCUGCAGUAAAGCUGGACUAAGACAGGAGCUGACUGACACACAGUGGAUUGAUAUAUUUAUGGGUGUUUCCACAAAACUGAUAUGGAUGUUUUUACUACCAGAUUUAAAUAUUGUAUCUACUUGAGAAUAUUAAAUUGUUUCCAAAAAAAGAGAAAAAAGUUAUGUAUUAUGUUGUAGUUUAUGCAUGUAGAGUAUCUGUGUUAGCUCACACUAAGGUCUUGUGAGCUUACUUAUGCCAUGGUACACAGUUGUCUGUAGUUGGGCUGUUCAUCAACUAUUUCUUUUUUAAAUUAACUGCUUCUUAUCUGGAAUACCUUAAUGGAUUUUGACUUAAUCAAGCCCAGAGUUACUCAUGUAUGAAGGGGAAUGCGUUUCAUAUUAAGUUUAAUAUAACAAUGGCUCUGAACCCCUGACAACAGAUCUAGAGGGAAGUCGCAAAACUAAUCACUUUACUCUGUUCACAUAAAGAGAUAUUGAUCAAAUUUAUUCAAAUUUUAUUACCUUAAACUUCAUGAUCACUGUGAUUAGACUUUACUGACAAAUUCAUUUAGUAAGCUGCAGAACAGGUGAUUGAUUAAGCUCCAUCAUUUCAGCGAUCCAGUCAGUGGCUAU